AGACUCAACAGUUUCAUGGAUGAAACCCAUAGUUUGUUAUUAAACGAAGAGGCGCUCGAGGCGUGCCCCGAGCAAAAACGACCAGUCUUUAUUUACGAAUGGCUGCGAUAUCUCGAUCGAAUUCUUCCAAUAACCCAGCGAGAAGAUCUCAAAAAUGUGCAAAAAGAGCUGCAGCAACAGCUGGAAUCGCGGCUUCACACGGUUGUCGGGCCGCCGACAAGGAAGCUGAUUGCACGAUGCAUCGGACGGGUAUACGCGUUGACAGGCGACAUUGUAUCGUUGAAUACGCUGCUCAAUUCAUGUAAUGACACAUUAAAAGUAAAAGAUGAGUCACCGAAAGCUGUGCAGAGCAAAUUAGCAGCUCUGGCAUGUCUAUCAGCAGUUUACGAUUCGAUGGGUAGAAUGGCAGGACGAUCGAUUGAAGAUACAUUGGCAAUUGUUAAAAACUGGAUGAGCACCGCCGUUGCUCAUUCUCAGGCGCAUAUCAUGAAUACAUUGACAAGUAUGGUGAAGGCAUUGGGAUCCGGCGAUUAUGUGACUCAUAAAAAGAUUCACUCAAUCGCGAAAAAUUCCCUGCAAGACAGAACUCUCUGCAAGACGCCGAAUGUGAAGAUCGCAAGUUUGGAAUGUCUAACAGCUCUCGUCCAAUUCCAUACACCAAUCUACACAACGGAGCUGGAAGCAUCGUGUACAAUGUGUAUCAAGAUUCUUGAAGGAUCCACGUAUGAAUUGCGAUGUGCAGUUGCCAAAUUCACGGCUCAGCUGCUCGCAACAUCUAUGAAACCACCACCGGGAGCAGUUAUAAAAGCAAAAUCAAAUCAAACAGUUCCGGUACGUCCAGCUUCAGUAACAGAUACACUGAAUCUUCUUGCUUCUGGAUUCCUACGUGGAGGUAUUGGAGGAUUUUUAAAAGGAAGCUCAUCGACAUUUUCAACGAUGGGAAGAUCUGACAUUCGAAUUGGAGUUAGUAUUUGUUACGUUGAAAUGGUUCGAGAGAUGGGAUCCGCCUGGUUGGAGAAGCAUCUUAUUGCAGUAUGCUGUCAUAUGGUUGAUUUAGCAUCGAAAUGUGGCCAUUUGGCAUAUACACAAAACGCGUCUCACGUCUCUGAAGCUCUCACAAUCCGAAGGUGCAUCUCAUUCAUUCUUCGACAAACGAUUGGCUCUUUGCUCGGAGAAAAUGCUCAAACUCUUGCCUGCAAGCAUCUCGGAGUACUUCUUUCACAAUAUGUCGAUCUUGUGAGCAUUGGUACUGGUGAUAAUCUGGAUUCAUCAGUCGAUAGUAGUGAUUAUGGAAGUGGUUAUGCAAUAAUUGUGAUUUUACAAGAAAUAUCAGUUCUGGUCAGGCAAAUAGGCACAUCUGUUAUGUCACUUUUCACCGAGGCAACUGGAAUUAUGGAACAUAUUUUCAAAUGUUUAACACAUCCACUAGCUUCUGCUAGAUACGCGGCUGCAUGGUGUCUACGAUGUAUUGCAACUGCUGUUCCGAAUCUAAUGACUCCACUUAUCGAUAGAUGUCUUCCAAGACUUGAUCAACUUUCAUCAUCUUCUAGAGCAAUAAGCGGGUUUUCAAUGGCUCUCUCUGCACUUUUAGCAGCAUCUACAGAUAGUUCAAAACUUGGAAUUCCCUAUGCAAAACCUUUAAAAGUACUGGAUCUUGCUGAAGAAAUGCUUCGAACUUCAACUCAACAACCGAAACUUACGAUUGCCAAGUUGGAAUCCGGAUGGAAUCUAAUCUAUGCACUAAUUCAUCUUGGUCCAUCUGUAAUGAAAGAACACUUACCACGUGUUAUAAAACUAUGGAAGGCGGCUUUUGCUAGAAGUGCCAAAGAAGCUGAAAGUGAGAAUAGCAGAGGAGAUGCAUUUUCUUGGCAAUGUGCUAUGAUUGCUCAAGCUGGAGCACUUUCAGUCAUGGAGGCAGUAGCUUCACAACCAGAAUUGUCUUCAACCAAUAAUGCAUUGGAUGCAAUGAAAGUUCCAAUUGAAUGUAGUCUUGUUAUGAUGUCACAAGUCGGAAACUUGAUUAAAAGUUAUGGAAAUGAAAUGAGACAAGCGAAUUCAGUGGUUAGAAUUCGUCUCUACCGUCUACUUCUGCUUCUUCCACACAAAAGUUUCGAAGGAAGCUAUGCUGCUUUGCUCCGAGAGCUUGUCGCAGAUAUCACAUUAUCUGACAACUCGCAGAGUACACUGACGACUUCAUUACCAAUUAGUCAGUUCACAGGAGUGGAGAAGAUUUUGAUUUCACCGGUUUAUGAUGCUACAGACUAUUCCAUGGUCGAAGAUUUGUUACAAACACCGAUAUCAUCAGUUUCACUUGGCAACAUCGAAGAGGAUCUUUCCAACUUGAUUCGAGCAUCCGCAUCUCAAAUAGGAGACACGUGGCCUGAGAAUGAUUCGGAGCCGUUGACAUGUCUGAACACUGCCCUCUUGACUUAUGGAAAAGUAUUUCCAUUGGUGAACAACAAACAUAAAGUUCAAAUUACUGAACAUUUUUGGGAUACGAUUCAGAAAUCGAAGAAUGCAGGAAGAAAACAGGCGAUUCUUGUGAACGCACUGACAGCCAAACUGUUGUCUUACAAAACGCUUUGUGAACAACGUGGACAUAAAUUAGACAAUGAAACAUUGCAAAGAGCCUCGUUUGAUUUGAUUUCAUCUUCUCUGUCGAAUAGCUGUCCAAUGACACGAUUAGUUGGAGCAGAAGCGCUUGCUCGGCUGUCACAGGCGGUCAAUUCUCCACCAUUUGUAGCGUCUAUAGCCCAAUAUUGUUUUGAUAAGUUGAAUAGUUGCAAGGAUGAGAUCAACCGAUCCGGACACGUUUUGGCACUGGGAUGCCUUCAUCGACACGUCGGAUCUCUUGGAAGUGGGCAACAUCUGAAUACGGGAGUUUCUGUUGUCCUGGCACUGGCCGAAGAGAGCAAAAUGCCGAAAGUUCAAACAUGUGCACUUGUUGCAAUGGCCCUGAUUGCUGAAACUGGAAGUGGAAUGUUCAGAGUAUUCGUCGAAACAACCUUGAGUUCAUGUCUGAAACUACUUAUUUCAACGCCGACUUUUGUAGUGGAUGUAGUUCAAGGAAUCAGUAAAUGUUUAACUGCUCUUAUCACGUGUGUUGGCCCAGAAUUGAGUUGCCCUGGAGUCAUUGAUGGUGUCCGAACGUCUCUUCUAGCUGCUUGUGCGAUCCAGCUAUCCCACUCUGAUCCAUUUGUUCAAGCUGAAGCAAUCUCCGGUCUCCAGCAAAUGCACCUUUUUGCUCCUCGAUAUGUUCAUAUGGCUCAGCUUGUGGUGGAUAUAAGUUCGUUGCUCUCGUCGACACAUCUUGUCAUAAGAAGGCAAUCAGUCAGUUGUCUACGACAGUUGGUUCAAAGAGAGUCCAAAGAGGUUCGUAACCACGCACAAGUUCUUGUUCCUCAGGGAAUAGUUGAUACCAACAAGAAGAAGUUCGCUCUUCCCGAGUCGGGACUGGAGGGUGCUUUAUUCGGAAUGCUUGACACUGAAGUGAACAAGGAGUUGAGAUGUCAUUUACAAGAAACAUUGAUUUCACUCGUACAGGGAACAUCCGGAGAACUUCUCAACAAUUGGUUGAUGUUGAGCAAAGAAAUUCUAGCUACUUCCAAUGAUCAUGGUCUUGUUAGAAAGAAGGAAGAGAAGAAAGAUCGGGGAGAAGAUGAUGCUGAUGAUGAUGAUGAUGAAGAUGGUGAUGAUGACACCAACUUGGCUGGAAUUAGUUCUUUGAUGGAGGAGGACAAGGGAAAAGUACAACCAAGAUGGCCUACAAAAGUAUUUACAAUGGAGAUUGUGAAUCGACUGAUGAGUGUUUGUGACACCGAACGAGCACAUCUUGAUAUGGCUCUUGCGAAGGAACUUCAAAUCACAUCUGCUGGAAAGAAUGAUUACUUGGUUCUCCAUCUCUCGGAUCUCGUCAGAAUGUCCUUCAUGGCUGCGACUUCCGACAAUUCUCUUCUUCGAAUUGCUGGACUAAAGUCGUUAGAAGAAGUGAUCAUUCGCUUCUCGUCUUGCCCUGAGCCCGAAUUUCCUGGACACAUGAUCUUGGAACAGUUUCAAGCACAAGUGGGCGCAGCUCUUCGUCCGGCGUUCACUGACGACACCCCCAGUAAUGUGACGUCAGUAGCUUGUCAAGUGUGCAGUACUUGGAUUGGUAGUGGAGUCGCAAGGGAUUUGAGCGAUUUGAAGCGUGUCCACCAGCUGCUUGUAUCUUCACUCAAUAAACUGAAACAUGGCUCAAUUAAUGUACAACUCUACAGUGAAAGUGCUGCGACAUUAGAAAAGCUGUCAAUUUUGAAGGCGUGGGCAGAGGUUUAUGUUACUGCUAUUGAGCAGGAUAGAAUGAAGAAUGAAAAUGUAGAAGCUAGAGAUCAUUAUGACUACAAUGGAAGUGGUUCACUGCUCUCUCUUGUUGAACCAGAAGCCAAUUCUCUAAUUGCUUAUUGGCUUGCGAUGCUCAAUGAUUCAGCUCUUCUAGCCCUUCCUGCCCAUUACUCCGAUCAAUUUCUCAACCGUGGAGGAGCAUUUUUCAAUGCCCACAGUGCCGAAGCUUGCCGUGAAUAUUAUCAAAUCUGCUGGCCUCCGAUCCUUCUCGCGUGCUCUACAUGGUUGAGCAAGAACAACUUUGAACUACCGUCGGGAAUCGAACUAUCCUCCGAGACUGCAGCAGUAUGGAGAGACGAGGGAAAUGUAUCCCGAUUUUAUCUUCUAAUCGGAAUCGCAGUAGAAUCAUUGAGCAACAAGACUCGCCAAAUCGAAGAUGAAACAAUCCAAAUGUCCGUGAAAUCGUUGACUCGACUAUUGUCAUGUGAAUGGUGCCAGUUGCAUCUGAUGAGCGAUGUACCGGCAGUUAUCGAGAUCCUGUAUGUUCUUCAUAGAAGUGUUCUUACAAGAGACUGUCUCUCUACACAACUUCAAUGCAUCGAAUGUGUCGGAUCAAUUAUUGAUGCUGCACAGUUAGCCAUUCGAAUUUGUGCGUCACGAGACAUUUCGAAUGGAAAUCUCGAAAGUGAAGAUACUCUGAGAAAGAUACCAAAUGUAUUGUUCGCUGGCGAAGAAGGUGGAAAAGAUGGGAACAUCAAUAAAGAUGGAGUGAAAACGAUCAGUUACGCGAUAUUGGAACUUGCCGUUUGUGCCAUAUUCAAGCAAAUGCCACAAAUCAACUCUGCACAAUUAAAAACCAACAGUCUCGCUGCAUUACAUCUACGGAAAGUUGGAAGAUUACCGGCCGAAGGUACACAUCUAGUCAUCAAAAGUAUGCAGAUCCUUGUGCAAAUUCCAAGUCUCUGCUCACCACAUUCGAGAGUUACCGUACUCCCUGUCAUUAUGUAUCUACUACUCGGAUUUGUUAGAGAAUCAGCUAGACUUGACGAAGGAUCAAUUCAAACAGAUCGUGCUGGACAUCUUUCUGCAAUCGCCGCAGCCGCGAUUCAAUCAAUCCGAAGUAUCGUCAGUCAGCAGCCAGAUGAUGAUACUGCAGUUAGUUGGAAGACGAUCAUGAGAAAUGCGUUUUAUUCUGUUUUGAAUAUGUCCGAAGAUAACGAAAGAAUUCAACUUGACAAAUGCAUCAUUAUGGUGACUGCCGUGGUGUUCACAACAUCAGCUCCUGUAGAUGUUGUACUCGGUCAUCAGGAGUCCUUCAACAAAUUAAUUGUAUUGCUGAAGCGUCAUUUGCAAAGUGAUAAUGUUUCAGUUGUCAUGAAAACUCUACAAUCAUUGGCUUCGAUAUUCGGCAGAAAAGGCUUCGGUGGAAUUUUCGUCAAACAUCUCGGAAAGGAGAUUAUGCCAGUAGUCAAGAGAUAUCUAUCAAAAGUGGAUUGUGAAAACGAGAAGAUCACAGAAUCCGACCUAGUCAUUCUUCAAGAAUGUGUGAAGGUUAUCGAAGUUCUUGCAAUGAGCGCAAAAGAUGGAAAACGAAUACAAGUGAUUUCGCUGCUUGUUCAACUUUUGGUUCGACUACUCAGAGCAACAUCUCAUACAGAAUGGCGAAAAGUUGGUCCAAUUGAGAAGAAGCUUCACGAGAUGGCGAUUGGACGACUAAAUGCGGCAGCUUCCAUGUGGCCAGCUGAAUUUAAAAAAGUUAUCGAAUGGAAUAAUGAAUUGAAGACUCGACUGGAGAGUGCUCUUCUUCUUCAAUCCACCAGACAUGCUCAUCAAAUUUCAAUGGCAAAGACUCAAGAGGCAAAGACAACACCGGUCGUUCAGCAACCACGAAUCAGGUUAACAAUGUUUGGUGCUGAAUCCAAUUAAUAGGAAUACUUCUGCUCAAUUCCUCCUACUGAACUCAACGCGUGCAAUAUACACACUUUUCAUUACGGUUCUCUUUUUUUUGCAGCUCAUAGAUAUUAAAAUAAUUUUCUUUCUGUAUUUAUUGUGUAACUUUUUUUCCACAUUUUUGGUUCAUCUCUGUGAUUGUUGACUUUUACUAGUGAUUUUCAAGUUUUUGUUUCUGGAAACUCAAUCUGUUCUGAACCCAUUCUCACUCUUUUUUCCAUUGAUUCGUGUUCUAUUCUAAAAUCCUAUGUAUUCCAAUUCCAAUUGCUUUUGUUUUCUUUGCUCAAUAAAUUUUGAAAAUU